AUGGCAUCACAAAGUGCUUUAAAUACCAGUGAAUUGUUAUACGAAGAGAAGCCGCUAUAUCAGCCCUCAUUGCAGGAACUUAAGGAAGUUAUUCACUCAGCUUUGGUUAAGAAUUUCGUAAAUGUCACCGUUGAAGUUACCAAUUGUCCCGAUUUGAAAAAGCCGGAAUUUGGUUUAAUGGAUUCGGGUUUGGGUGGUUCACCAACCCUUUUGGAGCUGGGCGGCCCACCAUAUCUCCUGCCAUUGGUUCAACGUGAAAAAUUAUACAAUGUCAAGGAAAUUUGUCAGAAGACUAUGGGUGGUGGUAAAAUUUUGGCAGUUGGUGCCGGUGCUGGACCCUAUCCUCUGCGUAAUUCCAAUUGUGAAGGUAUCUAUAAUAUGAGCAUCUCAGAAGAUGGCCAACUAAAAAGUGGUAGCUACACCGCCAAGGUCUCUGGUUUAGAAGAGACAUGUGUAUUGGAAUCUAUUCCCGAUACCGAACCACGAUGUGCAUUACUUUUAAAUUUAUUUGUGUGUCGCGGCGAACCAGGUCAAGUAUUAAAAAUCGCAUGUAAAAAGCGUACCGGCCAUUUGAAUUUUAUUGAAUGUAUACGCCAAGGUCUGUUGGAGAGAUAUCAGGAUAAGUGUGUGGGUAUGGGUGGCAUGUUUAAAAUUAAUCAAGGCAAAGCCCAUCAGCAUGUCAUGCGGGAUUUCAGCAAAACACCCAUUGUCGAUGAACAUGGUCUGAAUCAAUGGCUGAAAUUCUAUGAAAUGCCAGCUACCUUAACUGCCGUGGGCACAUUGAUAACUCAUGAACACGAUCUGGAUUUACGUUUACAACAUUUCCACUCAUUUUCCAACUCCAAUUGGGGUGGCCACUAUCAUUACGACACCACACCUGAGAUUGUGGAAUAUGAGGCUUAUCUGAAUGUGGCCGAACGUGUGGUGCGGGUGGAUAAACCAGUGGAGACACAUAAAUUCGGUAGAGAUUAA